AUGUGGCGUUUCCAAAGAGCUAAGGAACUGCUUGAUAAUCUGGAUGAAGGAUGUGUUACAUAUGAGCACCGCGUCGAAAUACAUCGCUGUGUUGUCCGAUGCAAUUUUGUCUUUAUGUUGUAUCUAACGGCCUACACAGUAUACUCUACAAUGAUCUUUUUGAUUUCCGCACUCUCGGGAAAAACAUCGUGGGUAUCCUACAAUCCGUUUGUGGAUUAUCGAGAAAGUAAGAAAAGUCUCUGGAUAGCGGCCACAUACGAGUUUAUCAUAGGCUCGAGUGCCGUCUAUACAGAUCUAAAUGCAGACGUCUUUCCGGUUAUAUUCGGCUUGAUUUUGCGAACCCAUAUAGAAUUGUUGACACGUCGCGUUCAAAAACUACGCACAGAUCCCGCGCAAACGGAGAGGCAGAGCUAUGAGGAACUGGUUAACUGCAUUAAGGAUCACAAACUUGUGCUUCAAUAUUGUGAACUUUUUCGACCUGUCAUAUCACGCACCCUAUUCGCCCAGUUACUGGUGAUUGGCCUGAGCCUGGGCCUGUCGCUUGUGCAUCUAUUAUUCUUUUCAUCCCUAUUGACUGCCCUGACCACAGUUUUAUAUAUUUUUGUCUUACUGAUUCAGACAUUUCCUUUUUGUUAUGUCUGCGAGUUAAUCAAUGACGAUUGCUACAAGUUGAACUUGGCCAUAUUUUAUUCAGAAUGGAUCGGUGCGAGUCGGCGCUAUAAAUCGACGGUUUUCUUCUUCUUGCAAACAGCUCAGAAGCCGAUUACCUUUAUUGCCGGCGGCAUGUUUCCUAUCAACAUGAAAACCAAUAUUACGUUUGCCAAGUUUGCAUUUUCGGUGGUCGCUGUCGUCAAGCAAAUGAAUCUUGUGGAAAAAUUUAAGCUUAACUAA